GGGACCUUUGAUAUUCGUUAUUUUAUAGCAAUGAUUUGGAUGCGGUUGCACAAGGAUUACUUGACUGGUAAGUUCGCAGAAUGCACAACGUUAGUAUUUGUUGUUCACAGAGAAGAUUAUCGUAGCAUCUAGGGGAUCUAAAUGGACAGGGUCUGGUAAAGAGAUUGCAAACCCAAUCUGAUCAGCAGCGGAUUCAUGCAGAUGUUGGGGAUCAUGUGGAGGAAACAGCCAGAGGAAGUGGAUGAGGCAGGUGCAGUUCCAUAAAUCAAAAAGCAGUUGGGGUGUGUAGAUGGAGUGAAGAGGCCAGAAGGGAGAUGGCCCUAUCACAGGAAAUUCUGACCAUCUCAGUGGGCACUGUGGUUGGCAUUGUGUCGUUGGGCUGAACGCUCUGAAUUUGCAUUUUCUUGCUCUGUGACUCUGUCAGUAGAUGCGCCAGGUAUCAGUGGACAGAUAUGGUGUGGAAGUGGUUACUAACAGGGAAUGUUUGGUCCCCAUGCCAAAUGCUACAGGGGAUGGAAAUACUGUCAUAUUUGCAAAGCAGUCGUACUCUCUGACUCACUGUCUGCUUGUUGUGAAAUUUAGAGCCUCACCACCAGGUGGAGCUGUCCUGCAGAGCGACCAAAGUGUGAACAAGACGACGACAAUCAACAAUCGUCAGUCAGAAUCAGAAUGGACAAAGAGCCAGAGUUUACAAUCUCCGACCUCCUGGCAGAGGGGGAGGAAUAUCGACUGUACCAGCUGACAAAGUUCUACAGGGACAGACUCAAACAAGCAAUUGAAGAAAAGGUUGAGAGACUCGGUUUGAUGUUGACAAAGGAGGGACAUUUCAGUAGAGAAGAAAAUGAGAAAGUCACUGAGCUGAUAGAGAAGGGAAACCGGGCAGAGAGUUCCAGACUCUUCCUCAGUCUGGUGAAUGGCAAAGGCUCAUGGGCCCGGAGGGCGAUGUGGGAAUCCUUCCUGAUGUGGAGGACUGAGUUACCGAAGUUGGACAGAAUACUGAGGGAAAUACAGGAACUCGGUCCUGAUCCACAAGAAUACUUCAACAUCGGCCAAGGUUUAUCUGAAUUACCCACUCAGCUGAUAGAUGUUCAACAGAAACACAAGGAGACUCUGCGGACACGAACUGAAACACUGAGAGUGAACACGAUCCUGAUGACGGAGAAGGUGAAGGUUUUCCAGCUGGCUGAUCGAUACGCUGAGCUCACGGUCAUUUCUACUGUUCGAGAUCGGACACUGGUGGAACAUGAGCUGCUGGCAAGAGGCAGAGACCAUGAGCAUUAUAGAGAGAAACAACUCCGCAGUCAGCUGGAAAAAAUCCGUACUGAUCAGUUAUUCCAGAGCAGCUUUUCCCUGAGUAAAUCCAAUUCUGGGAGUUCAGCAGCAGUGGCCGGAGUCCCGGGGAUCGGGAAAACAACAAUGGUACAAAAGAUUGUUUAUGACUGGGCCACGGGGAAAAUAUACCAACAGUUCCAGUUUGUCUUCAGUUUCAAAUUCCGAGAUUUGAACACCAUUAAUUGUAGAAUAAACCUGAGGGAGCUGAUUCUGGAUCAGUAUCCUUACUUUGGGAAUAUCCUGAGAGAAGUCUGGAAGAAUCCAGCAGGAUUACUGUUUAUAUUCGAUGGUUUAGAUAAAUUCAAACACAAAAUCGAUUUUGCGGACAGUCGGAGGGAUACAGAACCAAAGCACCAGUGCCCAGAUCCCGAGUGGAGGUGUGAAGUGUCUGACAUUGUGUACAGUUUAAUCCAGGGCAAGCUGCUCCCAGGGUGUUCAGUGCUGGUGACCACUCGCCCCACUGCGUUACAUUUAUUGGAAAAGGCUGAGAUCAGUGUCUGGGCUGAAAUCCUGGGAUUUGUUGAUGAGGAACGGAAGGAAUAUUUCAUCAGACAUUUUGAAGAUCAGACGGUGGCGGAAGCUGUUUUCAAACAUGUGAAGGAGAACGAGAUCCUGUACACCAUGAGCUACAACCCCUCCUACUGCUGGAUCCUCGCUCUGGCACUGGGCCCCUUCUUCACACAAAGAGUCAGGGACCCACAGCGAGUUCCCAAGACCAUCACCCAACUGUACUCCUACUAUAUUUACAACAUCCUGAAAAACCACAGCCGUGAGAUUGAGAGACCCCGUGAUGUGUUACUCAGGGUUGGUCAGAUGGCCUUCAGAGGAGUGUCCGAGAAGAAGAUUGUGUUUACAGAUGGAGAUUUGGUCAACUACAGUCUGCAGCCUUCCCAGUUCCUGUCCGGGUUCCUGAUGGAGCUUUUGGAGAGAGAGGAUUCUGCCCAAAGCGUGGUGUACACAUUCCCACACCUCACCAUCCAAGAGUUUGUAGCUGCAGUCGCACAAUUCCUGAAUCCACAUCCCGGGGAUAUCCUGAAAUUCCUCACUAAAGCCCACAACACGGCAGAUGGGCGAUUUGAGGUAUUUCUCCGUUUUGUUGCUGGUCUCUCCUCUCCAAUGACAGCUCGGGGCCUGGUGGAGUUUCUGGGUCCAUUUCCUCAUGAAACAACCUGCCGGGUGAUUGACUGGGUGAAGGAGGAGGUUAAACGUCAGAUUGGAAACACAGGGAGUGAAGCUGGUAAAAGGAGCCUCCUGAACACAUUGCACUACCUGUUUGAGUCUCAGAAUCGUGGACUGGCUCAGGAAACACUGGGAUCUGUGGAAACACUUUCAUUCCGUGGAAUGACACUGACCCCGAUUGACUGCGCGGUCCUGUCUCAUGUCAUCGGAUUCUGUGAUACAAUAAAACACCUCGACCUGGGGAACUGCCGCAUUCAGUGUGAAGGAAUCCAGCGGCUGGGACCCGGGCUGCACAAGUGCCAGGCGUUGAGCCUGAACGAUAAUAAACUGGGGGAUUCAGGAGUGAAACUGGUGUCUGCGGCUCUGAGGAACCCGGAGUGUAAAAUACAGAGACUGUGGCUGGGGAAUGUCGGUCUCACAGAUUCUGGUGUCGAGGAUCUCGCCUCCGUUCUCAAUACAAAACCAUCACUGACGGAUCUGGACCUGAGUUUUAAUAAACUGGGAGAUUCAGGAGUGAAACUGGUGUCUGCGGCUCUGAGGAACCCUGAGUGUAAAAUACAGACACUGUGGCUGUACAAAGUCGGUCUCACAGAUUCUGGUGCCGAGGAUCUCGUCUCCGCUCUCAGUACAAAACCAUCACUGACGGGGCUGAACCUGAGUGAAAAUAAACUGGGAGAUUCAGGUGUGAAACUGGUGUCUGCGGCUCUGAGGAACCCGGAGUGUAAAAUACAGAGACUGGAGCUGUACAAUGUCGGUCUCACAGAUUCUGGUGCCGAGGAUCUCGUCUCCGGUCUCAGUACAAACCCAUCACUGACGGGGCUGAACCUAAGUGGUAAUAAACUGGGAGAUUCAGGAGUGAAACUGGUGUCUGCGGCUCUGAGGAACCCGGAGUGUAAAAUACAGAGACUGGGGUUGAACCGUGUCGGUCUCACAGAUUCUGGUGCCGAGGAUCUCGUCUCCGCUCUCAGUACAAAACCAUCACUGACGGAUCUGGACCUGAGAUCAAACUCUCUGACAGACCGAUCUGUCCCCGCUCUCCGCCGCCUCAUACUGACCCUCCCGAGUCUGGAGCGGAUCCGGCUGGGUAUGAAUCGGUUCAGUGAGACCGGGAUGAAGGAACUGAGAUCUCUACAGGGAGUCAGACCCGGACUGAGAGUAGAUCUGUGAACAUCUGAAUGUGGGGAAUCGGUUCAGUGAGACCGGGAGAAGGAACUGAGAUCUCUACAGGAACCCAGACCCGGACUGAUGGUGGAUCUGUGAACAUCUGAAUGUGGAGAAUCGGUUCAGUGAGACCGGGAUGAAGGAACUGAGAUCUCUACAGGAACCCAGACCCGGACUGAUGGUGGAUCUGUGAACAUCUGAAUGUGGGGAAUCGGUUCAGUGAGACCGGGAUGAAGGAACUGAGAUCUCUACAGGAACCCAGACCCGGACUGAUGGUGGAUCUGUGAACAUCUGAAUGUGGGGAAUCGGUUCAGUGAGACCGGGAUGAAGGAACUGAGAUCUCUACAGGAACCCAGACCCGGACUGAUGGUGGAUCUGUGGGUUGGGGACAUUUGGCCGACUCCCCGCCCUCCCCUUUAACUCCCGCCCUUACCUUUAACGGCCGCGCGCCGGGACUGAUUCCCAAUGGUUUUAACGGAACCGGCUCGGGCCUCGCGCUGUGUGCGUCGCUCGCAGCGGUCCCGCAGUGACGUGUUUCCGCCUGCUGUCCGGCGAGGCAGCAUCCGCCGGAAGUGCGUGGAGGAGACUCCCCACGUGACUCCCCGGGGAAUUACCCGGACAGGAAGAGCCCGGGGUCCGGGGCUCAGUCUGGGACACCGGUGUCCCGGGGUGGGGGGGAUGAUCCCGGGAGAGAAUCCUUUUGCCCCCUUUGCUGAGGACGGAGGAUUCGGCAGCCUGGCCGAUAUAAUGAUGUUAAAUGGACAAAUCCCUCGGCAGUGACCCUGGAUCUGCAGCGAUCCCGGUCACGGCCCCGAAGUGUGAUUUUAUAAUCAGUUUUAUAAUUUUAUAAUCAGUUCCCCGAUGCAGAGUGACGGUGAGAAACGGGACUGGUUAUUAUUCAACCGGUCACCCCUUGUCGCCGGUCAGUUAAUUGUGUGUGACUGUCAGCAGAUUAUUUAUUACCGCACGUUAGCAGCUCACACAUUGUUUCAUUGAUAUUUCUCAUAAAAAUCAAUAAACCAC